AUGGGGGGCUUUGCUAGCAAGAGGAGGAACAAUUUAAGUGAGAAAGUAGAUGUUGGUGGGUUGAGAGAAAAGAUGAGGAAUAUUCAAGAGGAAAUGAGUGGGAUGGUGUGUGAGAGGAAGAAAGAGAGUGCAGCAUAUGAGAGGGACAUGAUGGUGUUUGCAUUCAAGGAGGCUGAGUGGAAGCAAGAGAAGAAGAAGAUGAGGGAGGAGGUGAAGAUGUUGAGGAAGAUGGUGGACGAGAAGGAGAAGAGAAUUAGAGGGAUUGAGGAUGCAGGGGUAGUUUUGGGAGCUGGGAAUAAUAAGAGUGGUGGGGAGAAGGAGUGGGAAGUGUUGUUGGCUGAGCAAAUGAGGGAGGAGAGAGCAAGAAGAGAUGAGACUGUGGAGAAGUGGAAGCAGCUUUAUCUGGCUAUUAAGAUGGAGCUUGAUGAACUCAUUCAGAGGACACAUUGUGAAAAUGGGCUGUACUGGAGAGCAGAGGAGGAAGACACUGUGGAAGAGCUAAAGAGAGACAUCAAAACCAAAGAAGAAAUGAUUGCAGGCCUAAAAUCCAGAAUAGUUUCUAUGGAGCAUGAACAAUACAAGAAGGAACGAGAGAUUGACAUAUUAAGGCAAAGCUUAAGAAUCAUGAGCAGCAAGAAGACACUGCAGGUCACUAAGAAUGUUUCUCGAGAUUCACAGCCUGUGAAUGUGAAACAGGCUAGAAAAUUGUAA